AUCUACCAACCACAAACUCCCAGUCCAUCCUUUUCCCUCUCCCCUCCUCCUUGGCAGCAAGUCUGUUCUCUAUGUCUAUGAGUCUGUUUCUGUUUUGUUAUAUUUUCUGUUCUAAUUAUGCCAUGGGCUAUGGAUCAAAUUGUGUUCCCCUAAAAUUCAUGUGUUGAAGCACUCAGUCCCAGUGUGACUCACCUGGAGACAGAAGCUUCAGGUAAUGGAGGUUAAAUGAGGCUGUAGGAGUAGCACCCUGCUCUGACAGACUGGUCCUGUGAGAAGAGGGAAGGAGAGGGAGGUCUCUCUCCGUCGUGUGAGGGUGCAGCGAGAAGGUGGCCGUCUGUGAGCCAAGAGGUAAGCCCUCAAUGGGGGGACUGGGCUGUGCUGACACCCUGAUCUCAGACCGCUAGCCCCCAGAACUGUAUGAAAAUAAAUUUCUGUUGUUCAAGAAGACAUGGAGCCUGUGCUGUUUGUUAUGGCACCCAAGAACAUCAGCUCAUGAUUCUGUGCUCAGGGACAUUAAUUAUCUGCAUCUUUCUUACCUUUUAUGUCUAUAAUCUUGUCUCUUUCUUUUGUCUCUAUUCUUCUUCUCAUAUAUUUUCUCACGUUUGUUAUAAAUAAGAAAAUAUAUUUUCUCAUAUGUAUCUUGCAGAUCCCAGAUUUCAGCUAGUACAUAGAACUCUCCCCCCACCCUUUUAAAGAUUGCAUAUCAUUUCAUUGUUUAGGUAAACACCAGUUUAUAUCCCCUACUGAUGGGCUGUUUACAGUUCUUUGCUGUUAGGAACACUGCUGCAGUGAAUAACCUAGUACAUACGUCAUUUCAUGUUUGUGCAGUUGUGUCUGUAGAAUAGAUUCCUAGAAGUGGGAUUGGUGGGUCAAAGGACUAGCAAUGUAUUCGUGUAGAAAUUCUGAAUAGUUGUUGUGUUGCUUAUUUUCAGCACUUUUUUCUUUGUCUCAGCCAUCUGUUUCCCCAAAUAUAGCAUAAACGGAGUUUCCUUAAUCCCUUCCCUGCUUUGCUGGGACCUGUUUGAAUCCUAGAGUCCUCAUAAUCGGGCAUGAGGCUGAUAAUUCACAUUUUGUGUUCUGUUGUGAUGCUGUGAGCCUGCGGAAGUGACUGAGGCCUUCAUCCUGACUCCACUGAGGCCUGGCUUCUCUCUCCUCAGGCCUGCUUCCUUUACUCUCCAAAGCACUGAUUUCGAGAGUGCUUUUCAAUAAACUUCUUGUGCAAAGAUCCCCAUCUCAGUGUCAGCUGUGUGGUUUUAAAAUGCACUUCCCUGAUGACCAGAUAGGUUGAGCACUUUUUCAUGCUUACUGGCCAUUUGGUAUCUCAUUUGGAAAUCAUCUGUUCAGAUUUCUUGCCUGUUUUUCUGUUGGGAUAUCUGUCUUUUUCUUAGUGACUUGUAGGAACUCUUUAAAUAUUCUGUAUACCAGUUGUUUGGAAAAGAUUGAAGGUGGGAAGAGGAGGGGACAAUAGAGGACGAGAUGGUUGGAUGGCAUCACUGACUCAAUGGACAUGAGUUUGAGCAAUUCUAGGAGAUGGUGAAGGACAGGGAAGCCUGGCGUGCAGCCCAUGGGGUCGCGAAGAGUCGGACAUGACUGAGCGGCUGAACAACAACAACAGCAGCAACAACAAAUGCAUUAUAGAUAACGUCUUUUGCAGAAUAGAAAUUCUUAAUUUUGAUAAAAUUCCAUUUAUCAUUUUUCUUUGUAUUUAGUGGUUUGGAGUCAUAUUUAAGAAAUGCUUGCCUACUGUAGGGUCAUGACUAUGUUUUGCUUUCCCCCUAAAAGCUUCAUUGUUUUAUCUUUCACAUUUUGAUCUGUAUGUCAUCUGAAGUUGCUAUUUUGUAUAUGGUGGAGGCCCAGUUGACUCUGAGCAGUUUUUUGAACCCUGUGUCCUGUUGUGUCAGCUUUGUUAUAAACAAGGGCCUGUAUACCUGUGAGGCCUUUCUAGACUUGUGUUUGUUUACCCUUAAGUGCAUCUCUGUUGAUUCUCACUUUCUACUUGUGCUAUAAUGUUUUCCUUCGUACAUAUUAUUUUUCUUCACUAGGAUUUUUUUCUUCACUAGGUUCCAUGAAGAUGAGCUCCACUACUGAUCAGUCUUUUUAUGGUAUCAUUUUGCCCAGAGACAGUGCCUUAAACACAUGAUUGCUGGUUGUACGUGCCCUCCUGCGUGCUCACUCAGUCGUGUCCAACUCUUUGUGACCCUUUUGGACUGUAGCCCACCAGGCUUCUGUGUCCAUGGGAUUUCUCAGGCAGGAAUACUAGAGUGGGUAGCCAUUCCUCCUCCAGGGGAUCUUCCCGAUCCAGGGUUCGAACCCACAUCUCCUGGGACUCCUGCAUUGCAGGCAGAUUCUUUACCACUGAGACAUCAGGGAAACCCUGUUGUAUAUUACAAGCAUCUAAAUAAAAGCUCUUUUAUUUUUAUAAAAUUUUGGCCAUUUCUGGCAGCAUGCGAAACUUACCAGUCAAGGAAUUGAACCUGUGCUCCCUGUAUUGGGAGCUUGGAGUCUUAACCACUGGACCAUCAGGGAAGUCCAGAUGUUCUUUUAAAAGAACAUCUGUAUUAAUCACAAAUUUUAAAAGAUAUGAAAACCUCCAUCUGCUCUUACUAUUUUGCUGUCCCAUUCCAUUGAACUGGAACUGUGAUCAGAGAAAACCAUGUAUUCUCAUUAUCUCUGGCUGUUACUUUUUGUGUUGGGCCAGUAAUGAGCCAAAAUAUUUCCUUUUUUCAGUGGUGAGGGUUUAGGUUGGCAAAUUCUAAUGGAAUUUUUAAAGAAUUAAAUGCAGAAUGUUUGGUAGAUGGAUAUUGUUCCCAGCUCUUCACUCUUUCCUUGAAUGAGAUUUCACAUGCAUGCCCUUCACCAUGUGAUGCUGCAACGCUCUCACCAGAGGAGUUUGUUUCUUCCCCUGUUGCACUGACACUGGGCUUGGGAUGGGGUUUGCUUUGGCUGGUAGGAUGCUUAGCAAGUGUUGUGAGCACAGGCUUUCCAUGUACCUGUGUGGUUUGUCUUGGCCUCUUGCCACUAGAACAACAUGCUCCAGUGGGUGACUAGUUGAGGAGACACAGAACAGGCCGGUAUUAUUUCAGGCUGCCGUAACAAAAUACCAUAGACAGGGGGACUUAAAGAACAGAAAUUUAUUUUCUCACAGUUCUGGGGGCUGGGAGUCUGAGACCAAGGUGUCAGCAGGUUUAGUUUCCUCUGAAACCUUUCUCGUCGACUUGCACAUGGCUGUCUUCUAGCUGUGUCCUCGCGUGGUCUUUCCUCUGUGCUCUGCAUCCCUGAUGCCUCUUUGGGUAUCCAGACUUUGUCCUCUUCUAAGCACACUAGUCGGAUUGGAUUAGGGCCCACGCUAACAACCUCAUUGUAAUUGACUCACCUCUUUAAAGGUCCAAACUCCCAAGGCAGUCACAUUCUGGGAUACUGUGGUUAGGACUUCAACAUGUGAAUUUGAGGGGACACCAUACAGCCCAUGACAGACCUGUAGACAGGUCCAGCCAGUCCCAAGAGGCCAGGACAGCCACAAAUCUCCAGCAGACCCAUAGGCAGGAAGUAAAUGAUGCCUGUUGCUCUUGGUCAGUGAGUUCUGGUGUGGAGUUUGUCAUGUAAGGUUAUGGCAGCAGCAGCUGACUAAGUAAAUGCAUCACUUCAUUCACUGUUAUUUUUCAUCAAGGGGAGAUUCACAUAGCACAUAAUUAGCCAUUUAAAAUUGUACAAUUCAGUGAUAUUUCAUGUACUAGUCAUAAUGCUCUUUCUUUAAUUUCUCUUCCUUUUUUUGGCCAUGUGGUGAAGCAGUGUGGGAUCUUAGUUCUCUGAUCAGGGAUUGAACCUGCGCCCCCUACAUUGGGAGCAGAGUCAUAACCACUGGACCACUAGGGGAGUCCCCAGUUUCUUUAACUUCUAAUGUGCAACAUCAGAGGUACUUUAACUGAAGGAAAAAUAUACAUUUUCUUUCCUCAAUGGAAAAAUAUUUUUCUGAAAAAGAAAGCUUCAUUGUGGUAGUAUCUAAAAGCUAAAGCGUAUGUUACACUUGGGAAACACAGACUGAAAAGAGAGGGAACUUGGUGCUGUCCAGGGUUUUAGUCUCCUCACAAUUAUGUCUGUUCCAACCACAUUCCUACAAAAAUUGCUGGCCCUUUAAUUUAUUUAUUUAUUCAUUCAGUAUUUGCUGACUGACUACUGCAUGCUGGCCCUACUCUUGUGUCUGGGGAUUCAGUGGUAAAAAAAAAAGACAAAAAAAUGUUGCCUUCUUGAAGCAUGUGAAUUCUAGUAGGGAAAUUGUAUUAAAUCAGAUAAAUAUCAAGUUAAAUAGUUUAAAGGUGCCAAGAAGCAAAAUUGACAGGGAGGAUUGAUACAAAAUGUUCAGUGUUUUGAAAUUUUAUAUAGGAUGAUCAAGAAAGGCUGAGAAAGUGACUUUUAAAUAAAGAUCUGAAAAAAGUAGAAGAGCUGGCCAUGUCAACAUGAGAGGGAAGUGUGUGCUGGGCAGAGGAGACAGCAGGGGCAAAGGUGUGGGGCCGACAUGUGGCUCCUCUGCUCAAGCCUGUGACUCGGGAGGGCAGAAGGAGGGGCGGUAGAGUAGGGGACGGGUGAGCGGAGAUGAGCGAGCUAACAGGCUGCGUCCCAUGGGAUGCUCAUUGUCAUCAGCAAGGCCAGGCUCUUCCCUGCGGUGAAACAGGAGCCAUGGGAGAGUUUUGAGUGAAGGAGUGGAUGUGGCCCGACAGGAUCGCUCCUGCUGCUGCAGGGAGGAUGGUCUGCAGGUUGGCAGGAGCAGUGAUACCACUAAAGAGGCCCUUGCAGGUGUUCAGGUGAGAGAUGAGGCGAUGUUGGUGCCAAGAGAAGCGGUGGUGAAAAAGGAUUGAAUUCUGGUCUAUUUCAGAAGUAGAAUCAGUAACCCUGUGUAACUGGAAGAAUGAACUGACAUUGUCUGAGGAGAGGAAGACUGUAAGAAUGAUCUGUUUUAGGAGAAAUAUAUGAGUAGACUCGUUUGGGCAGGUUGAGUGGAGAUGACAAGCAGGCAGUUGAACAUUUGGGUCUAGAAGCAACUCAAGGCUGGAAAUGUAAAUUUAAAAAGUCAUCAUGUAGAUGGAUUUAAACCCAAAAUAGUGAGUGAGAGCACCUACAGAGUGGCGCCGCUCUGAGUCCACAGGUGGGGCCUGGAGCACUUUAAUACUCAGAGGGCGGGGAGGGGAGGGGCCAGCACCGCUGGACCAGAAGGAGGAAAAGUGGUCCAGGCGGGGCUCCGAAAGCCUGGGAGCAGAGAGCGUCCCCAGGCCCAAAAAGCCACUCAGCAUUUUAACGUUAAUAACAUCUCCCCAUUUGUCUCCCAGCUAGCGGCGAUCGCUCCUCUUCAGCUAGAAAAAUGGCGAUGUUCAGGAACUUAAAACUUCUUCUCUGGAAGAAUUUCAUUUUAAAGAAACGAAAGACUCUGGUAACAGUCCUUGAAAUCUUGAUGCCAUUACUGUUUUGUGCAGUUAUAAUAUAUCUUCGUUUUGGUAGUUUGCCAAGAAAGAGACCUCCCAUAGACUACAAUGUAAUUGACAUCACUUCUCUGCCAGAAUUCUUCAAUCAAUUUCCUCUGAAAAAUAAAUUUCAAUUAGUUUAUAUCCCUUCCAAAAGUGAAACUUUGAAGAAUAUCACUGAAAUGGUGAAAGACUUCUUUACUGUUGAGUUUGAAGUUCUAGGCUACCCUUCAGUACCUGUGUUUGAAAAGUACAUAAUUCAAGAUCCCAAAGCUUUUUAUGUAUUGACUGGGAUUGUUUUUGAUCAUAACUUCAAUGACAACACGGAACCCUUGCCACUUGAGGUUAAGUACUACUUGCGCUUCAGUUUCUUUCAGAGGAAUUAUUUAUCCUUGAGGUUAAUCCUCCAACAAGAUGACAUGCAAGGCUGGCUCACAUCCUUUCUUUAUCCUCCUAACCUAAGCCAAGAGCCCCGAGACUAUGGAGUUUCUGAAGGGGGAGCUCCAGGAUACUACCAAGAAGGCUUUCUGGCCAUACAGCAUGCGACAGAUAGAGCCAUCAUGUGGCACCACGCUCCCACUGAGACGACCGGGCUGUUUCAGAGCCUCAGUGUGCUUCUGAAGAGAUUCCCACAUGGUGCAUAUGUGCGGGACAUCUUCUUCCUGGUCCUUCAGAAUGAGUUCCCUGUUUUCCUUAUGCUCAGCUUCAUCUGCAUUGAGCUCAUCACCAUCAAUUCCAUCGUACUGGAGAAGGAGAGAAAGCUGAAGGAGUAUAUGUGCAUGAUGGGGCUGCACAGCUGGCAACACUGGGUGGCUUGGUUCAUCGUGUUCUUCAUUUCUGCCUCCAUUGUUGUUUCUUUCAUGACCAUUCUCUUCUGUAUAGAGUUUGACGAGUCAGCAGUGUUUGGAAACAGUGACCCUAGUUUGAUAUUUGUGUUUCUAAUGUGUUUUGCAAUUGCCACAAUUUUCUUUGCAUUCAUGAUCAGCACUUUCUUCCAAAAAGCUCAUGUUGCCACUGCCUCAGGAGGCAUCAUCUUCUUCUUCACCUACCUCCCUUAUCUCUAUGUCACGUUCACAUACAGCCAAAGGAGCUCCUUCCAAAAGAUUGCCUUUUGCCUCCUCUCCAACGUUGCCAUGGCACUGGGAGUCCGAUUAAUCUCCACAUUUGAAGCAAGAGGCACAGGCGUCCAGUGGAGGAACAUGGGCCAUAUAGGAGGAGAGUUUAACUUCACUCAGGUGCUGCUGAUGCUGCUGCUGGACUCUGUCUUAUACGGCUUGGUGGCCUGGUAUGUGGAAGCCAUCUUCCCAGGAGAGUAUGGUACACCCAAGCCCUGGUACUUCUUUCUCACACCCUCCUACUGGUGGAGAGAACCUACAUCCCUUAGGAAUCCUGUGGAAGAUUUAGAGGAUCCUCAGCAAGCUCUGGGAAACAAGUUCAUUCAGGAUGAGCCUACCAAUUUGAUAAAAGGAGUUGAAAUCCAGCAUCUAUACAAGGUGUUCUACAAGGGAAGGGAUGAACAUGUGGCAGUCAAAGACCUGACUGUGAACCUAUACCAGGGCCAGAUCACGGUUCUGCUAGGCCACAAUGGAGCGGGCAAGACCACCACCUGCAACAUCCUCACAGGACUUAUUACACCUUCAAGUGGACAGGUAUUUAUCAAUGGAUAUGAAAUUUCUAAAGACAUGCUUCAAAUCCGGAAGAGCAUGGGCUGGUGCCCCCAGCAUGAUAUCUUGUAUGAUAACUUGACUGUAGCGGAACAUCUUUAUUUCUAUGCUCAGCUGAAAGGCUUGCCGCGUCAGAAGUGCCCUGAGGAGGUCAAACGCAUGCUGCACGUGCUUGGGCUGGAGGAGAAGCGGGAUUCCCGGAGCAGGUUUCUGAGCGGUGGGAUGCGGCGCAAGCUCUCCAUCGGCAUCGCCCUCAUCGCGGGCUCCAAGGUGCUGAUGCUGGACGAGCCCACCUCGGGGGUGGACGCCAUCUCCAGGAGGGCCAUCUGGGACCUUCUGCAGCAGCACAAGAGCGACCGCACCAUCCUGCUGACCACCCACUUCAUGGACGAGGCUGACUUGCUGGGGGACCGCAUCGCCAUCAUGGCCAAGGGGGAGCUGCAGUGCUGCGGGUCGUCGCUGUUCCUCAAGGAGAAAUACGGUGCAGGAUAUUAUAUAACUCUGGUAAGAAAACCACAUUGUGACACAGAGAAGAUUUCUCUUCUGGUUUACCAGCACAUACCAAAUGCAGUUUUCCAGUCUAGCAUUGGAGAAGAGCUAACAUUUAUCCUUCCUAAAGAGAGCGCGCACAGCUUUGAAGCUCUGUUUACUGACUUGGAACUGAGGCAGGAAGAGCUGGGCAUUGCCAGCUUUGGGGCCUCUGUCACCACUAUGGAAGAAAUCUUCAUUCGGGUUAAUAAGUUGAUGGAUUCCAACAUAGACUUGCAGAUCAUCAAGCUUCCCUCCUUCCAUUCUCAUCCACUGGUGAGCAGAGUUCCUGUCAACAGGAUUAAACGUCUUCAUUCAAGGAUUUUCUCAAUACCAUCCGGCCUACCCAUCCAUCCUAACACCGGGUUCAGCCUUCUCUGCCAACAGUUCUAUGCCAUGUUCUUGAAAAGGGCUACCUAUUCUUGGCGCAACUGGAUCAUGAUGCUGUCAAUACAGAUCCUGGUGCCUCUGGUCAUUCUUAGUAUCAGCCUCUCAUUCCUCAACUUCGAUAUAAGCAUGGACAACAGCCCAUUGGAGCUGACCCUAAAAUCAUAUGGUCAAACUAUUGUUCCAUUCUACAUUUCUCCGAACUCCAGGCUGGGUCCGCAGUUUCUAGACCAUCUGACAGAUGUGCUUAUGGCUGAGGACCAGAAACCUCUGGAGCUGCAAAGCCCAGUGGAAGCAUUCCUCCGGAAAAAGUUAGAGGAGGAGCCUGAGGUCUUUGACCAGAACUACCUGGUGGCCAUUUCUUUUGACGACGUGGAGAACCACACCGUCGUGACAGCGCUGUUCAACAACCAGGCAUACCAUUCCACGGCCCAGGCGCUGGCAUUGGUGGAUAACGUCCUGUUCAAAUUGCUUUCUGGGCCCAGGGCGUCCAUAACGGUUCUGAACCACCCUCAGCCCGAGUCGAGCAUGGAGACCGCGGAGGACAUCCUAUAUGAGGGCCCUAAAGGACAUUAUCUUGUCAUCAACUUGCUUUUUGGAAUGGCUUUCCUUUCAAGUUCCUUUUCCAUCUUGACAGUCAAGGAGAGAGGCCUCAAGGCCAAGCAGGUCCAGUUCAUCAGCGGCGUCCACGUGGCUACGUUCUGGCUCUCGUCUCUGCUAUGGGACCUCCUGUCCUUCCUUGUCCCCAGCCUACUGCUGCUGGUGGUGUUUCUAUACUAUGAUGAGGAGGCUUUUACACACAAGGAGAAUGUCCGAGCUGUCUUCUUGAUGCUGAUGCUCUAUGCCUGGGCCAUCAUCCCCUUCAUCUACCUGACCAGCUUUUGCUUUGAGAAUGCGGGGAAUGCCUGUGUCAAACUCAUCAUCAUGCUGACCUUUCUGAGCAUUGGCCCCUUUGUUCUUGUCUCAGUCACAAGUGAAAAAGACCUUGGCUACACAGAGAUCUCAGAGUCCCUGGAUAACACGUUCCUACUGCUUCCAGGCCAUUGCCUAGGGAUGGCUUUAUCCAACCUGUACUACAACUUUGAACUGCAGAAGUUUUGCAAGGUCAGGAGCUUGGACCAGACUGAGUGCAGCAAAGUUUCAGAGGGCUAUGUGGUCCAGGAGGACAUCUAUGCCUGGGAGUCUCUCGGGUUGGGGAAGUACCUGAUAGCCCUCGCCAUCUCAGGGCUCGUGUACCUCAUCCUGCUUUUCCUCAUUGAAACCAAUGUCUUAUGGGAACUGAAAGCCAGGUUUUCUGGCCUCUACUGGAAGCAAAAAUUGGUUGUUUUGCAGAAUGCAGAGUCUGUGCCUGGAGACCAAGAUGUGGAAGAGGAAGCAAAAAUGAUCAAGAACUCUUGGGAAGAUCUGUGUAAGAAAAACCCACUGGUCCUUAAAGAACUAUCUAAGGUCUAUUCCAGGAAGGCGCCUCCACUGGCUGUGAGCAAGGUUUCCUUCACUGUUCAAGCAGAGGAGUGCUUUGGUCUUCUUGGCCUCAAUGGAGCUGGGAAAACUACCAUUUUCAAGAUAUUGACUGGGGAAGAGUCUAUCACCUCUGGGGAUGCCUUUGUCAACAGCAUCAGCGUCAGCUCUGACUUGAGGAAGGUGCGACAGUGGAUCGGCUACUGUCCCCAGGUCGAUGCCCUGCUGGACCACAUGACAGGCAAGGAGACGCUGGUCAUGUUCUCCCGGAUCCGGGGCAUCCCUGAGCGUCACAUCAGCUCCUGUGUGGACCAAAUUCUCGAUGACUUGCUCAUGUACACGUACGCCGACAAAUUGGUGAAGACCUACAGUGGCGGCAACAGGCGGAAGCUGAGUGCCGGCAUUGCCCUGCUGGGAGAGCCUGUGGUCAUCUUCCUGGACGAGCCAUCCACUGGCAUGGACCCUGUGGCCCGGCGUCUGCUCUGGGGCACUGUGGCACGGGCCCGAAAGUCCGGCAAGGCCAUCGUCAUCACCUCCCACAGCAUGGAGGAGUGUGAAGCCUUGUGCACCCGGCUGGCCAUCAUGGUGCAGGGUCAGUUCAAGUGCCUGGGCAGCCCACAGCACCUCAAGAGCAAGUUUGGCAGCGGCUACUCCCUGCGGGCCAAGAUCCGGAGUGACGGGCAGCAGGAGGCCCUGGAGGAGUUCAAGGAGUUUGUGGGCCUGACCUUCCCAGGCAGCGUCCUGGAGGAUGAGCACCAAGGGAUGGUCCAUUACCACCUGCCCGGCGAUGACCUCAGCUGGGCGAAGGUGUUUGGCAUUAUGGAGCAAGCCAAGAUGAUGUACAUGUUGGAGGACUACUCAGUCAACCAGAUCUCCCUGGAGGACAUCUUCCUGAGCUUCAGCUGCCCUGUGCCCCCUGCGCAAGGGAGUAACAGACAAGGGAGGGCCAAGCCCGCAGACCCUGCGUUUCCCUGUCCACCUCUCUCUCCCUCUUCCUCCCAGCUACCCUCUCCACCUCCCACUCCACCCCCCACUCCAUCUUCCUCCCAGCGUUUCUCCCAGCCUCUCUCCUGGUCUCCCAUUCCAAUUCCCUUCAGGCCUUCCUCCUGGUCUUCAUCCCAGCCACCCUCUCUGCCUCGCUCUCCACCUGCCUCCCAGCCUCCCUCGCCACAUCCCUCAAAGACUGCCUUGCUGUAAUAAAGAGUUCCCUGUGCCAGGCUAGCCCGGGUGCACACAGCCUGCCAUGGGCUGCAAGGUGUACAGAGGCAACCUGAAGACCCAGUAAGCUCAGCUUGGAGGUGGAGGAGUGGGCUGGCUGUCUGCCAGAUUGAGGGCACCAGCCUUAGAGGCCUGGUGGAGAAUCCAGGUCCAUUUCUGUGGAAAGGGAUCCCCUUGGAUCACACGUGAGUGGCCUGCAGGCUCACUGAGACCUGGCUAUGGGAUCAGAGGGACACCUGUCACAUCCCAUCAGGAGCAUGAAGGCCUGGGGGUGACCAUGGCUGUAACAGGGCCAUGCUCCUGAGCAGAGUGUAAGAGGGACCUGCUUCUGACUACAGUGUAAUAGGGCCGCCAUGCUCCUGACUAUAGUAUAACAGGGCUGGGCUUCUGACUACAGUGUAAUGGGGCCGUGCUCCUGACUACAGUAUAACACGGCUGUGCUCCUGGCUAGAGUAUAACAGGGCCAUGCUCCUGACCUCGGUCUAAGAGGGCCAUGCUCCUGACUACAGUAUAACAGGGCUGUGCUCCUGACCACGGUAUCACAGGGCCGGGCUUCUGACUACAGUGUAACAGGGCCGUGCUCCUGACCUCGGUCUAAGAGGGCCGUGCUCCUGACUACAGUAUAACAGGGCCGUGCUCCUGACCUCGGUCUAAGAGGGCCGUGCUCCUGACUAGAGUGUAACAGGGCCGUGCUCCUGACCUCGGUCUAAGAGGGCCGUGCUCCUGACUAGAGUGUAACAGGGCCGUGCUCCUGACUACAGUAUAACAGGGCCAUGCUCCUGACCACAGUCUAAGAGGGCCAUGCUCCUGACUACAGUAUAACAGGGCCAUGCUCCUGUCCACCGUCUAAGAGGGCCAUGCUCCUGAUUACAGUAUAACAGGGCUGUGAUUACAGUAUAACAGGGCUGUGCUCCUGACCAUGGUCUAAGAGAGCCAUGCUCCUGACUACAGUAUAAUGGCCAUGCCCCUGACCACAGUCUAAGAGGGCCAUGCCCUUGACCACAGUGUACCAGGGCCGUGCCCCUGACCACGGUGUACCAGGGCCAUAGUUCUGAAGGUAGGACAAGUUUGCAAACCUAAGUCACCAUUUCCCAAUAUUUCAAUUUGUGUGGCUCCAUCUGUUCUUUGCCCUGGCUGUAACACUAACCCUAACCUGCAUGUGGCCCUCCAUCAACCUGUGAUGUAGUCAUAAUCGUUAUCCCCAUUGCCUGGAAGAGUAAGCUGAGACCUAGAGACAUCCAGCAACUUUCCAUGGUCAGCUGAUGGCAGAGCCAGGAUUCACCUCAGGCAGAAGUUCUCAAGUGGGGUUCCUGGCUGGAAGCAUCCACCUCUUCAGAAACUUGUUAGAAAUGCGGGUUCUUGCGCUCCACCCCAGCAUCGCUGAAUCAGAAAUUUGAGGGAUGAGGUCCAGCAAUCUGUGUUCUGAUGCAACUCAGGCAUGAGCGGCGGUGAGCGAAGGCUGUGAGCUGGGACCAUCAAGCCUGAGUGUGCAUGGGUGUGGCCCUGCACCUUUAUCAUGAGGGCCCUUCUCCAAGAAGCACACAGCUUCUUUCUCCAGCGUGGUCACGCCAGCCCCUCUCACAAGCCCCGCUGGGCUCCUUUGCAGGUAGCCCUCUCUCUCCCUUUUAAGCCAAGCUCCAAGAAGGAGUGUGGUGUCUGCCGUCCCUGGCCCCACUUUCCACCCCCACGUCCGGCUGCACACCCACCGCUCUUUCCUGUGACUGCUCAGAGCGUGGGCCUCUGCCUGGAGGAGUCCAGCGACAAAGUAACAGUGCAGGGGGAGGACAAAAAGUACCAAACAGGAAACUGUAGCCAGUGGGAACACAGGUCUGUGAGGAAGGCUGAAAGCCUUCAGGCCUGGAGGAUUCGCCCCUCCUCUGGUGUGGAGCAGGCCCCAGGCUUGCUUUGCUCUACCCACUCCUCUUCUGCACACACCACCCCCACCUCCUCAUCCCCGCUUCCAGGGCCUCAUAGCCGCGAUGUGAUCAUCUGUUCACUUGUCUCCUACUCCAGACUGGCUUGGAGGCUUGGCAUCUUGGCUCCUGUGUGUGUUCAGCUGCUGAGCACAGAACCAGUACCCUGAUGGAGUUCAGAGAGCAGCGUGAGGGGUGGGGGGACACAGCACAGUUUGAGGCCUUGGGAAGAGAGUAAGAAGAGAGCCUUGACCCAGAUUCCCUGGUGUCUCUGGGAAAAACCACUGUGUCCUUGGCCAUCAAGCACUUCUCCCAGAAGUUGCAUUUCUUUCCUUGUCAGAAUGUCUCACGGAGGUGGGAUGUGAGCUGGUUCCUGAAAGACAAGGCUGGGUGGGCACUGCCUAAUACCUGGGUGAACAGAAUG